AUGGGAGUACGAAACAACGUAACUGAAUUUAUUUUCUGGGGACUUUCCCAGGAUCCAGAAGUUGAAGAAGUGUGUUUCGUGGUGUUUUCUUUCUUCUACACGGUCAUUCUACUGGGGAACCUCCUCAUCAUGCUGACGGUUUGCCUGGGCAACCUGUUCAAGUCUCCGAUGUAUUUCUUCCUCAACUACUUGUCUUUUGUGGACAUUUGCUACUCUUCAGUCACUGCUCCUAAGAUGAUUGCUGACCUGUUAACAAAGAGAAAAACAAUCUCCUAUGUGGGGUGCAUGUUGCAACUAUUUGGUGUCCAUUUCUUUGGUUGCACUGAGAUUUUCAUCCUUACUGUAAUGGCCUAUGAUCGUUAUGUAGCUAUCUGUAAACCACUUCACUACAUGGCCAUCAUGGACCGGGAAAGAUGCAAUAAGAUGUUGCUGGGGACAUGGGUAGGUGGAUUUGUACAUUCCUUUAUCCAGGUGGCUCUGGUGGUCCAGUUACCCUUCUGUGGACCCAAUGAGAUCGAUCACUACUUCUGUGAUGUCCACCCUGUGUUGAAGCUUGCCUGUACAGACACAUACACUGUUGGUGUAGUGGUGACUGCCAACAGUGGCACUAUUGCUUUGGGGAGCUUUGUCAUCUUGCUAAUCUCCUAUACUGUCAUCCUGGUGUCCCUGAGGAAGCAGUCAGCAGAGGGCAGGCGGAAGGCCCUUUCCACCUGUGGCUCCCAUGUUGCUGUGGUCAUCCUCUUUUUUGGUCCCUGUACUUUUAUGUACAUGCGGCCUGACACCACCUUCUCAGAGGAUAAGAUGGUGGCUGUAUUUUAUACCAUUAUUACCCCUAUGUUAAAUCCUCUGAUUUAUACUCUGAGAAAUGUGGAAGUAAAGAAUGCGAUGAAGAAAAUAUGGAGAAGUAUAUUCUUGCAAAUCAAAGUAAAUAGUUAA